UACCAAUAAUUUCUUUUUACGGCGAGUAUUACAUUUUACUGUAAUUUAUUUCUAUUCUAGCUCAAUAAUGGGCAGUUUUUAACAUUAGUAAUAUAGAAAUAGGUCAAUCUAUGCUGCAGUUUGAUAUUUGUGAAUUUUUAAAUUUUAAUAACUUUCUAAUUUAUUUCGCGUUACGCAUUUUUGUAACCAAGGAAACCGCGUCCUUGUAUCCAUAGUGAAAGUAGAUUAUGGAGGGAAUUUUGUCUGCAGGAAAACAUUUUUGCGUAUGACCUCUUUAUGAUAUCUUUAUAUAUGUAUGCGUGCGUAUAAAAUUGAUAUACGUAUAUAAAUACAUCUUUUACGCCCUGUAUGAUUUAAAAAAGCAAAGUCUACAAAUAUUCGCGCCAGAUCUGUUAUUUGUUAAAGCGCUAGUGUCUAAAAUUGGUUCAUAGUACCGUUACAGCGUGCUUCGCAGCCGUAGGUGUAUGAAAAUUAUCUGUCACUGUUUCAACAUAUUCUUCAAAAUAUCUUGAUGACAAAUAUUAGGAAACUCAUUGUUGCUAUAACAUAAUUUGAAUUUAUCUUUUUAUGGUUAAUAAGAUCCCUUUCUUUCUAAAUGUGUAAUAUAAUAAAUUUUCAUCUUAUUUGACCAAUUGCCACGUAUAUACAUUGUUCAAGUCGUACAGUAAAUAUACAAAAUUGAAAAUAUAAUCAUGUCAAGUGAACCUUCUGAAAUUCCAAACAAACGAAUAAUGACGACUUGUUGCAAUGUAUCAGAACAAGCACAUCAUGUAUCAAGAGCAAAACGAGGGCAAGCAAUUGGAAGUGUAAGAGGCUUUAGGGGAUGUACAGUUUGGUUAACAGGACUUUCUGGUGCUGGAAAAACUUCUAUAGCUUUCCAAGUUGAAGCUGUUUUAGUUAAUCAUGGCAUUGCUGCCUAUGGUCUUGAUGGAGAUAACGUAAGGAGUGGUUUAAACUGCAAUCUUGGUUUCAGUAAAGAAGACAGAAAAGAAAACAUAAGGAGAGUAGCAGAAGUAGCUAAAUUAUUUGCUGAUAGUGGUCAAAUUUGUUUAUGUAGUUUUGUAUCGCCAUUUGAAGAAGACAGACAAAUGGCAAGACAAAUUCAUAAAAUGUCGGAUCUUCCAUUCUUUGAAGUCUUUGUUGAUACACCUCUUAAUGUUUGCGAAGCUAGGGAUACAAAAGGAUUAUAUAAAAAAGCACGUCAAGGGGCUAUUAAAGGUUUUACUGGAAUAGAUCAAAUGUAUGAACGACCAGUAAAUCCUGAUUUAGUGGUAACCACUGAAAACUGUACUCCAGAAGAAUCAGCUGCAACAGUUAUUGAUCUUCUGGAGAAACAGUGUAUUAUACCAGUGCUUCAAAAACCAACAAUACCAAUACGGGAGUUAUUCGUUCCAGAAUCACGAAUAUCUUCAGCCAAGAUAGAAGCAGCCUCUCUUCAGAGCUUAGAAAUUAGUGAAAUAGAUGUGCAAUGGCUGCAGGUUUUAGCAGAAGGUUGGGCUGCACCUCUCACUGGUUUUAUGCGGGAAGAUCAAUAUUUGCAGACUCAACAUUUAAAAUGUCUCCUUGAUGGAGAUAAGGAAGUUAAUCAGUCUGUUCCCAUAGUUCUUGCAAUACACACAGAGGAUAAGGAACGUUUGGAUGGACUUUCGGCUUUUACACUAAAAUACAAAAAUAAAGCUCUUGCAAUAUUACGUAGGCCAGAAUUUUAUUUUCAUAGGAAAGAAGAAAGAUGUGGAUGGCAAUUUGGUACUAACAAUUUGGGUCAUCCAUAUGUAAAGAUGAUUCAUGAAUCUGGAGAUUGGUUAGUAGGUGGUGAUAUUGAAGUUUUUAAAAGAAUUAGAUGGCAUGAUGGCCUGGAUAAAUAUAGACUCACCCCGAAUGAAAUAAGAACAAAAUGUAAAAAAAUGAAAGCUGAUGCUAUAUUUGCAUUCCAACUUAGAAAUCCUAUACAUAAUGGUCAUGCAUUAUUAAUGCAAGAUACAAAAAAGCAAUUAUUAGAAGAAAGGGGGUUUAAAAAUCCUGUAUUACUUUUGCAUCCUUUAGGUGGUUGGACAAAAGAUGAUGAUGUACCAUUACAUACAAGGAUUCUUCAGCAUGAAGCAGUACUUAAUGAAGGUGUUCUAGAUGUUAAUUCUACUUUAUUAGCAAUUUUUCCAAGUCCAAUGAUGUACGCUGGACCAGUUGAAGUACAGUGGCAUGCAAAAGCGAGAAUGAAUGCAGGUGCUAAUUUUUAUAUUGUUGGAAGAGAUCCAGCUGGUAUACCACAUCCUAAUAAAACUGCAACUUUGGAUGGAAAUCUCUAUGACCCUACUCAUGGAGCUCGAGUUCUUUCGAUAGCUCGAGGUUUGCAAAACCUAGAAAUCAUUCCAUUUAAAGUUGCAGCAUAUGAUAAAAAGCAUAAAAAAAUGUCCUUUUUUGAUGCAGAACGAAAGGAAGAUUUUGAAUUUAUAUCGGGAACAAAAAUGCGUAGUUUAGCAAAAUUAGGUGAAAAUCCACCUGAUGGUUUUAUGUCACCCAAGGCGUGGUCUGUUCUUGCACAAUACUAUCAAAAUUUAGAAAAAUAAAAGUCAUUCAGGAUUAUAAUUGAAUUCAACAUUCUAAAUUGACGUAUUUAAUAUAGUAGCAUUAAUAUCUUAAUUAUUAAAGAUAACAAGUAUGAUAAUAUUAAAAAUUGAUAUGGAUGAAAUUA